CCCACAUUACCCACACACAGAGUUUGAUCCCACCUCUAGCCAUGUCUGUUCUGUACGCGCUCUUGGUUUGUCUCCCGGCCUUGACCUUUGCCCAAACGUUCAGCCUAAAGCCUUACGACGUCACUGCUGCUGUCGCCUUCACCUACGCUGACCACAAUGGUGAUGGUGUGUAUGACAGGAAUGAGGUGGACCUGAUGUUUAAGAACUUAGACAGCAACCAUGACGGGCUGAUCUCUCUACGUGAGUACAGUUCCUACUUCGACGCCAACAUGCACGACCCCCACGUGGGUCACAUCGUGAGCUCGCUCUUCCUGGUCUAUGACGUCAACAAUGACGAUCACGUGGACCAUCACGACUUCGAUAUGAUGUUUGCAUUGGCUGACAGCAACGGUGACAAUUUAAUGCAGAAAACCGAAUUUGUGCACUAUACCUCCGUCAUAUUUGCUAUUGUCGACACGAUCUAAGAGGUCAAGUUCAUGUUAUAAGUUUACUUUAAAAAAUGUCCAAUUUAUAUGACGAUUUAUUAUCGAACUGGAUUUAAAUGGGUUUUUUUAUAAUUAAGGAGAGAUAGCAAAAAAUAAAUGAUAAUAUUUUGUACGA